AUGCGACCAGUCGUCAUAGCCAACGCCCAGCGUUUCGCCGAUCAACAGCGCGCGCAGUCCGGAGCAGUCGAUGAACAGAUCGCCCGCGACCGUCCGUCCAUCCUCCAGCGUCAGCGAUGCUAUGAAGCCGCUCUCGCCUUCCCCGCCGACCGACGCGACGAUCCCCUCGAUCCGCGUCACGCCCGAACGCUCCGCCGUGCCGCGCAGCCCAGCGUCGACAGCAGCGACCGGCGGUCCGCCACCGGCCGCGCAGAAGCGACCUGCCUUCGCCGCCUGCGCCGUCAGCGAAUAGGCCUCGGUCGGCGCCGCGUCGCCAUCGGCACGCCCCGGAUCAGCCGGUGCAGGAACAUCGCGCCAUCGCCGGGCGGCCCGAACGCCGAAAGGAUGGAAAUACCGGCUGCCCGCCCCGUUCCAGCCGACGAACUCGAUGCCCAGCUUCACCGUCGCCUUGGUCUCGGCCAUGAACUGCCGCUCGUCCAGACCGAUGAUCUGGUGAACCAGUGGAUGGUGGGAAUGGUCGCCUCGCCCACCCUGAUCGUGCCGAUCGCGUCAGAUCUGAUCAGGGUGAUGGUAACGCCUUGCCCGGCCACUGCGCGUGACAGGGCGGCGGCGGUCAUCCAGCCCGCCGUUCCCCGCCCGGAUCACGAUCCGGCGAAUGCGAUUGUCCGUCAUGCCGGCCAGCCUAUCCGAUCACCCCUGCCCGAGCGAGCGUCAUCCGGCGGAGCACGCGACCCCGUUCCCGGCCGGGCGACGCAGCGCCAGAUAGACGGUGCUCCAGAGCUGGGCCGCGUUGGGACUGUCGACGUCCGCGCCGGCCGCGCCAAAGGGCAGGACCUGGUAUCGACCAUCGGCAUAGCGCCGGGACAGACCACAGUUCCGAACUCUGCACGGCGCGCGUCGCCUCGAUCCCGUCCCACAGGCAGGAUUGCGCGGGCGAGCGCGUACGGACAUUGGCGGGCAGGUCACGCCGUUCCAACUGCCGCGCCAGACCGGCGGCGACCAGCGCCUGCUGCCAGCUCCACACCACCGUGCCGUGAUAGGCGUUGGGCGAGAAUUUGCGCUGGAUCGCCUCGUCGGCAAAGGCCGGGUUGGCCACCAGCAUCCCCGCCCCCGUGCGCAGCCCGGCCGGAAAGGCGUCGAGCAGCGCGAAGCCCGGAUCGCUGUUCUGCACCGGGAUCGGCCGCCCUUGCGCGUCCAAUGCGAUGGCCGGAAACGGACUGCCUCACGCCCGAUCGCCGCCAGCGCCGGCGCGUCCGGCACGCCGAUGGUUCGGGCAUAGCGGCGAUCGACUGCCGCGCCGCUUCCGGAGAUAGCGUCACGUCGAACAGCGGCGGCGCCUUUGGCCCGCCAGACAUCGGCGAUGGCCCGCGCCCGGGCGAAGUCCUUCGCAUCGCCGGCUGCCAGAUAGGGAUGCAGCAGCCCGCUCGCCUGCAAGGCCGCCGUCGAAUCCAGCGCGGCGGGGACCAACACGGCAUUGACGUCAUAGAUACGGCCACCCGCCAGUCCGUCGUUGCUGUCCCGCCAUUCGCCGGCAUCCAUGCCGGGCUUGAGCGCGACCAGUGCGCAGGCACGGGCUCGCGCGCGAAGGGCGUCGCCUGUCGCAGCACGAAGCGCAGGUUGCGGACCAUCCGCGCGCCCAGCGUCUCGCCGUCCACCCCGCUGCGCCAGAAACGCCGCCGCCGGCCCGUCCGCGCGGGUCAUCGAGCAACCAUGCCCGCGCGACGGGGCCAGCAUAUAGCUGUCGACCAUGUUGUGAAGUACACCGGCGCAUCCGACGAGGUACCGUCCGCCUUGCGAUGGUCGAGGAUGGCGAACUCGCCGAUAUCCUCCUCAUGCGCGACCUCACCCCGUGCAGAGAGGCGCGCGAGCACCGAGGACAGUCCCGUCUCCACCGCCGCCGGUUGCAGCGCGGGCAUCAGCAGCCGCACCGACAUCAGCCUGAGGAAAGUCAGGGCAUUGCGAGCGCCCAUAUCCGCCUGCGCCUUGCCGUUGAGCAGUUGGGCACCACCGCGCGGAGUCAGCGGCGUCUCACCGGUCAGCGCGGUCACGGCGAAGCGGAUCGUCCUGUCCUUCCCCGCCGAUCGCGCCGUCCGCGAUACGGCCAUUCGUGACGCACCUCGGCGGGGCGGUGCCCAGCGCCUGAUAGUCGCGAAUGACGCGGAUGCUCGACAGCACGGCCUGACGCGGCACCGUGCGAGGCGCAGCGAUGGUCACGGCGAAGCGGACACCGUGGAGCGGCCGCCCUGGCGUCGCGCUCCGUCACCGGCUGCGGCGCGCCCUCCAGCCGCCAUUCGGCGUCCCCGCCAGCGGCUCGAACCAGAGCGCGGUGCCGCUGAUUGCCUGCCGGGAAAGCAACCAGCAGGCGUGGCUGCUUUCCCGAGCGCAGCACGACAUGCGCCGCGACCGACCGGCGCGCGUGAAGCUGUUGAUGUUCAGCCCCUCGCUCACCGUGUAACGCUCGACCGGAUCGGCCCCGCGCCCGGUGCCGGUCAGGCCAGCACCGCCGCCAGCCCCAGGACAGCCGGAUCGCCGCCCGGCGCUUCACAGCUUCAAGGUCGCGCUGAACAGCGCAUUGCGGCCGACGAUCGCGCGGCCAUAGAAAUAGCCGUCGACGAUGGUAAAGCCCUUCACAUUGGUCAGAUUGUCGACGCUGACCGACAGGUUCAGGCGCGGCGUGGCGUCGAUGCUCGCGCCGAUCGAGAACACGCCGUAAUCGGGCAGCGCGAUGCCGUUGCCGCUGUCGGCGAAGAUCUUGCCGAUAUAUUUGUACCGGCUGUAAAUCUCGCCCAGCCCACCGGGCAGGAUGAAGACGGGGUGACAGUCAACAGCUUCUUGGGCGUCCGCUCGGGCGUAUUGCCGUCAUAUUGCGGCUGGGCGACGCCGUUGAAGCGCAGGUUGCUCAGCUUGGGGUCCUGA